AUGAGUGAUGCUAAGAAACAGAUUGAAAAAUUCAAUUUUACAGGUAUAUUUCCUACAUGUACAAGUGGUUAUAAAUGGCAAAUAUAUCAGCGUUUUAGUGAUAAUAUGGCUGAUCAUUUUACAAGAUUGUGUAGUCAAUUUCGUAAUGCUGUAACAAAUAAUAAUUGUAACACUGAGGAUUUUGUACAAUGGUGCCAAGUUCUGAUUGUAUAUUUAAAUCGCAUAAAAAAUAAUGAAUCUAUGUUUAAGCCAGAAGUAUGCUGCAAAUAUUUCUAUUACAAGUUAAAAAAAUUAUUACUGAAUAGAUGUAAUUGUACUUGUAAAGGUAUUUAUGAAUGUUAUGAAAAAAUGACACAAAUAGUAAUAAAAAAUUUAGGUACAAUAAUACCUGAUGUAUGUAUAAAGUACCCUAUCAAUAUUGAUGAAAAUACAUUUAUUAUAUUUGGUAAUCUUGAUGAACUAAUUAAUAGAUUUAAUGAAUUCAUCAGUAAUUAUCAUAGUCCAAACUAUUCCGACAUAAAAGAAUUUAUAAGGCUUAUGAAAUUACUUGAAAAAACUGAAUUUAAGAAUAAUGAGAGUAUUAGAUUAUUAUUGAAAGAAUAUGAAGAUCAAUAUAAAAUAUAUUUGAAAAAAUUUAAUGAACGAAAUCCUAUAUUAUAUUAUCUCACUAAGGAUGGAUACAUUAAUGGAAUAUUGAAUGUAGAAUCACUGACGAAAGAAGGUGUAGAGGUCAUAGGAGCACAAACGGAUUUUACUACAGGUACUGGUACAGGUAUAGGAUUUUUAGCUUUUGCAAUAUUAGUUAUUGUAUUCAUUUUGUAUAAGUAUACCCCUUAUUUUUCAUUUUUACACUCAAGAGCAAAAAGAUUAAGAAAAAAGUUGAAAAAAAAUUACAAAAAUAAUCUGUGUUUUAAGGACACAUUUGAUUUUGAAUACAAGAAUUCUACUGAUAAUACAUGUAAAAUAGCAUAUAGAUCUAUUAGCUAUAACCAAUAA